UGCAGGAUGUUGUGCCAAAACAACUACUGCACCACUGGAUCGAGUAAAGAUUUUGCUGCAAGCUCACAACCACCAUUACAAACAUCUAGGAGUGUUUUCUACGUUGUGUGCUGUCCCCAAAAAGGAAGGUUACCUUGGGCUGUAUAAAGGAAAUGGGGCAAUGAUGAUUAGAAUCUUUCCAUAUGGCGCAAUUCAGUUUAUGGCAUUUGACCAAUAUAAAAAGGUAAUAAAGAAGCAACUUGGGAUUUCAGGGCAUGUGCAUCGAUUAAUGGCUGGAUCCAUGGCAGGUAUUACAGCAGUGAUUUGUACUUACCCUCUUGAUAUGGUUAGAGUUCGUCUGGCGUUCCAAGUAAAAGGGGAACACAAGUACAUGGGAAUUAUCCAUGCAUUCAAGAUGAUUUACACAAAGGAAGGUGGUUUUAGUGGGUUCUACAGAGGGCUGAUGCCAACUGUUGUAGGAAUGGCGCCAUAUGCAGGUUUUUCAUUUUUUACCUUUGGUACCUUAAAGAGCAUUGGACUUGCUCAAGCACCUAACUUGCUUGGACGGCCUUCAUUAGAUAAUCCUGAUGUCUUAGUUUUGAAAACACAUGUAAAUCUGCUGUGUGGUGGCAUAGCUGGAGCAAUAGCUCAGACGAUAUCAUAUCCCCUUGAUGUAACUCGUAGGCGAAUGCAGUUAGGAGCGGUUCUCCCAGACUCUGAAAAGUGCCUUACAAUGGUGCAGACACUGAAAUACGUGUAUCAACAACAUGGGAUACGAAGAGGAUUAUACCGUGGUUUAUCUCUAAAUUAUAUUCGUUGUAUUCCUUCCCAGGCUGUGGCUUUUACCACAUACGAACUUAUGAAACAAUUCUUGCACCUCAACUGAUUUUUUUUUUUUUAAAGACUUUCCUGUAAAAUGACACUUAUCAGUCCUCAAAUUAUAUUGGUGAGUAAAUUACUUGAAAUGUAAAAAAAGCUAUCUGUUACUGUGGAACUGCCAUUGUCUGACAUUCGUAUUUUUGCCAAAAUGCAGUUAAUUUCUUGGAGUCAAACCAAGAGACAGAUCAAAAUAGACAUUAUUUAGCUAUAAUCAUUUUUUUGCACUUGAUCUUCUAGGCUUCAUUAGAUUAAUUUUAAGAAUUACACCAUUUUAAAACUAUACCCACAUUUUAUAUGGGUUUCAAGCUGUUAGUUAUUUAGCUUUAUCACCAUUCCAGGAGUUACACACAUGGUUAUAUUUCUCUUUAAGCUAGUAGUUAGACAUCUGUUCUUAAA